AUGGAAAAAAAUCAGGAGGAAGGCGAGGAGAUCUACGCGACCGUGGACGGCGACGAAGGCGAUGACGACGGCGAGGAGGCCAUCUACUCCACGGUGGACGAGGUGCGCGGCUGCUCUGCCACGCCCUCCAUCAUCUACUCGAGCGGCAGCAUCUCCAGCGCGGGCGUGGUGAGCAGCUACUACACAGCGGUGCCGGCGCUGGUCGUGGAGGAGGUCGUGGGCGGACGCGUUCCUGACGACGCCGCGGGAGGGGCCGGCGGAGGCGUCAAGAAGGGGUUCUCAACAUGGGGGAAGAAGAUGGGCAAGAAGCUGGAGCAGCUGACCCGCGGGGAGAGCAAGGAGCACAUCCACUUCCCCCUGGGCUCCACACGCACCCGCCGGAGGAACUGGCGGCCCAACAAAGAAGCGGAGACGCCGACGUCGGGCGCUAAGGACGCCGCCCCCACCGGCGCCCGCCAGCCCCGCCGAGCCAAGGUGGACCGCGUGGAGAGCAUCCGAAACCUGUUCCGGCGAUCCCGCAGCUGGGACUCGGCGAAGGACCUGGAGGACCUCCCGCCGGCGCCGAGGGUCGCCAAGGCGGCGCCCGAAGCGAGCUCCGCCGGCGGCAGCCCGAAGACCGCCGCGGCGGACGACCCGGACAAUGUGUACGAGUCGCUCAAGGACAUGGACCGCGAGCCAGUGAGUGCGAAGGGGACGGUGCUGUUCAGGAGCGCCUCCACGUCCCACCUGCCGGCGCUGGAGGCGGGCAUGGACGUCCUGGGCAGAGGGGAGGCGAGGGAGGGCGCGGGAGGGGACGGCGGGGCGGAGGCGGGGGACCUGGGCGAAGGCGAGUGUGAACUCAAGGCGAAUGACGGUGAUAAGACGACCAAGAAAGGGCAGUUUCCGUAUGCGUUUCUCAGAUCCAGACUUACCUCGGUCGCGGAGGAACAAGCGACCGCCAGGGAAGAGUGUGGUGACAGCGGGCGUGGCACCGGCAGCCACUGCGGCAGCAUAUCCGACGUCAGAACCUCCUACUCGGAGACGUCUGACUCCAAAUCGUCCUUUUCGGAAAACUCGGACACGAAGUCGUCUUGCUCCGAUUCGUCGGAAAACACGAAGUGGACUCGC